AUGGCAUCCAUGGCUACUAUCCUCAGCAAAACUUCUUUCCUAUCUCAGCCACUCGCCAAAUCUCCCAAUUCCGAUUUCCCCUUCGCAGCCGCAACAUCUUCCGUUUCUUUCCCAUCGAAGUCGCGUAGCCUUCGCCGAGGAAUCCGAGCUGGUCUGAUCGAGCCUGACGGCGGAAAGCUUGUGGAGCUUAUCGUGGAGGAGCCACGACGGAGAGAGAAGAAGCACGAAGCGGCGGAGCUGCCGCGCGUAGAGCUGACGGCGAUUGAUUUGCAAUGGAUGCACGUCUUGAGCGAAGGCUGGGCAAGUCCACUCGGAGGUUUCAUGAGAGAAUCCGAGUUCCUCCAAACUCUUCAUUUCAACUCGCUACGUCUUGACGACGGCUCCGUCGUCAAUAUGUCGGUGCCUAUCGUCCUCGCUAUAGACGACGAGCAAAAGGCCAAAAUCGGCGAGUCUAAACGCGUCGCACUUGUUGAUUCCGAUGGUAAUCCCGUCGCUAUCCUCAGCGACAUUGAGAUUUACAAGCAUCCCAAAGAAGAACGGAUAGCUAGAACUUGGGGUACUACUGCUCCAGGUUUGCCUUAUGUAGAAGAGGCGAUAACCAACGCAGGAAACUGGCUGAUUGGGGGUGAUCUUGAGGUUCUAGAGCCAGUCAAGUACAACGACGGGCUUGACCGUUUCAGGCUUUCGCCUGCUGAGCUCCGAAAAGAGCUAGAGAAGCGUGGCGCGGAUGCUGUCUUUGCUUUCCAGCUCAGGAACCCGGUCCACAACGGUCACGCACUUCUUAUGACUGAUACUCGUAGGAGGCUUCUUGAGAUGGGAUACAAAAACCCUAUCCUUUUGCUUCAUCCAUUAGGUGGGUACACAAAGGCUGAUGAUGUUCCUCUAAGUUGGAGGAUGAAGCAACACGAGAAGGUGCUAGAGGACGGUGUUCUUGAUCCAGAGACUACAGUGGUUUCGAUAUUCCCUUCUCCUAUGCAUUACGCUGGUCCUACCGAAGUGCAAUGGCAUGCAAAGGCCAGAAUCAAUGCAGGUGCUAACUUCUAUAUUGUGGGUCGUGAUCCAGCUGGGAUGGGUCAUCCCGUAGAGAAACGUGACCUUUACGAUGCUGAUCAUGGAAAGAAAGUACUAAGCAUGGCACCUGGACUCGAACGACUAAACAUCCUUCCUUUCAGGGUUGCUGCAUAUGACAAGACACAAGGCAAGAUGGCAUUCUUCGAUCCCUCAAGACCUCAAGAUUUCUUGUUCAUCUCUGGCACUAAGAUGCGCACAUUGGCCAAGAAUAAAGAAAGCCCUCCGGACGGAUUCAUGUGCCCAGGUGGAUGGAAAGUUCUAGUUGAUUACUACGACAGCUUAACUCCGGCAGGUAACGGUAGACUACCGGAAGUGGUUCCGGCUUAA